AUUUGGGAUUCGGCAAGCAAUUUUUUGAUGAAAAUCCAGGACAAGGAAUUUGGUUUUGAAAGUUAAGAGAAAGCAAUCACCACAAGAGAUUUGCAAGAAGAUUCAAAGUGUACUCUGCAAUCUUUAUAUAUACAGAUGGAGUAUUAUGAAAAGAGUACUCUAAUGAGUUUUACUGACGAGGGAUAGUACAAGGACCAGCAGAGAAAAAUGCUGCUUCUCUGUGAGACUGUAGAAGGAUUAGUUCACAUUCAUUCACAAGUAGAAAUUUUUGAGUAUGGUGGUUUCUUUAAAAAGUCAACUAACGUCAAAGAAAAAGGGUUCGGUCUUUGGAUGAAUUGAAAAGGUCGUUUUGGACUUCUAAGUUCCUUUUCAUUGAAUCACAGUGUCAUAAGGAAAAUUAUCCUUCUUGGAAUAUGUUUUUGAUUCUAUCAUUGGUCAAUAUAACGAUAGCCAUGUUUGAAAAUUUCCACUCUAAGCUUCCUUUUAAAAAAAGUUUUGACAUUUUGCAAGUGCUAUAAUCGCGUUGGUUUAUGAAAUCAGGGGGAGAAAAACCUUUGAACAGCCUUUGCAACUCCGCUGGUAUUUUUAUAUAAUACCAGCGGAGUAAUUGGUAAUUUGCCAUAUAAAGUAUAUGAUAAUUCGGAUGAUUUUUUCCAUCCAGGUAUUGUGUACACAGGUCAGUGGACCCAACAUCACAACAGAACAUUACUUGAUAAAGGAAAAGCAUUUCUUCUUGUUCAAAUAUUACUAUGUCUGAUAGACAAAUGGUUUUAAAGGAAGCUUUUCGUGAUGAGAAACUGGCGAAUGUCAAUGGCGCUAUUAAUCGUAUGAAAAAAAGUGAAAUACAAGCGCAAUUGACAUUACUUGGGUUAGAUAAUCGUGGUGUGAAAGCUGUCUUAAGUAGACGGUUGAAGAAUCAUUAUAAGAAGCAAAAGUUUCAUGAACAAGAGAAGAAAACUAAAGAUGCAUCAUUAAAUUCACGGCACGAUUAUUUUGUUGUGAUUGAUUUUGAAGCAACUUGUGAGGAAAAUAACGAGAUUGGAUACAUACAUGAAAUUAUUGAGUUUCCUGCUGUACUUGUCAAUGCAAGAACAUUACAGACAGAGGAUGAGUUUCACAGAUAUUGCAGACCUUUAAAGAAAUCGAAGUUGUCUGAUUUUUGUCAGAAACUCACUGGAAUAACACAAGAGAUUGUAGAUAUUGCUGAACCUUUCACAGAAGUCUUAGGAAAGUUUGAAAAAUGGUUGAGUAAACAUUCACUGGGACUUGAAAAAACAUUUUCCAUAGCAACAGAUGGACCAUGGGACAUGGGAAAGUUUCUUCAAGGUCAAUGCUCACUUUCUGACCAUCCGAUGCCAAAGUAUGCAAAGAAAUGGAUUAAUGUACGUAAACACUAUAGACGAUACUACAAAGCUGAAGACUUUGACACUCCAUUAACGUUGGAGUCAAUGCUGGAGAGCAUGGGAAUGAGUUUUGAAGGUCGUCCACACAGUGGUAUUGAUGAUGCCAGAAAUGUUGCUAGGAUACUUGUAAAAAUGAUGCAUGACGGUCUUGAUCCUAAUGUCAACGAUGAUUUGGAUGCACCUAGAAAGCUUUGAUCAGCAACCGGAAAGCAAGAAAUGUUAAUAUGUUAGGAAGUUCUUGAAAUUGAUCCUCUUAGAAUUUGUAAUGAUCUUAACUAGCAUUAGAAUCCAUAAAAAACGCUCUUGUUUAAUGCAAAUUUACUUUAAGUUAUGCUUAUUGUUUAUUUUCGUGUUCAAAAUGAAAGUUUCCAGAAUUUGUAAUUAUAGAGAAUAAUCAAGGAAGCUCCAUGUUAAAAAUGUUUAUAGAAAACUGUUUUAGGUACACUGUUAGUUGGCGCGAAUUGCCAUUAGUCUAGGUAAAAUUAAUAUGUUUUUAUAGUUAUGUUUAUUUAUAGGCAAUAUUGAUAUUAAAAAUAGAUCAUUUUUCUUGUUUAAAAAA